GACUGUAGAAAUUCGAAUGGAACUUAUAAUAAACUAAUGAAGCUGUCAGUGGCUGUGUUUUGUGUUUGAAUAUGCGAUGAAAUCGCAUUCUGUUGUGGUCAGGGAACAAACUGAUAAUCUCGAAUCUAUUAAGUUGGUAAAGCCGCAACAACAGAUUAAUAUCAAUAUUUAUUGCGAGAGGUGCCAGCAGAAGAACUGCGAAUUGAUUGACAUCAAUUAGGGGUACUGCUCCCUAAUACAUCUUAUAGACACUCAUUGUAGAUUUCAUACCAAGAAUGAAGUACACCAAGGCCAUCAACCCACCGGACGAAUAUGUGUUUCGAUUUCCGGAUGAACUGCGCAGAGUAGCCGAGGAGGAACUGGGCGAAACGGAUGACCGACGGGAGCACGCACUCACGAUAUUGCGUGAUUGGGCAGAGAAGAAUCCACGCAUCGCAAAGAUGAGAAUGGAUUCUGUCUUUCUAUUGAAGUUUCUACGGGCCAAAAAAUUCUGCAUUCCGGUCGUACAGGAAAACAUUGAGAGGUUUCUUCUUUUGAGGCACACUAAAGAUGAGCUGUUGUUCAGAAAUCUUGAUUGUCGUCAGCCGAAUCUGUCGAAACUGUUGGACCUGGGCUUCAUGUUUGCCCUGCCCAAGCGUGAUAAAAACGGGCGUCGAAUCUUUUUCUACCGGCCGGGAGUCUUCGAUAUGAACGAAUUUACCAAUGGCGAUAUGCUAAGAGUGGCAAGCAUUUGUGUUGAAACACUGCUGGCCGAUGAGGAAAACCAAAUUCGAGGAGUGGUACACGCCGGUGUAGGAACUGGCAUCGGCUUGCAAUAUUUAACGUUGUUCACGAUUAAGGAAGCGGUCAGACUGGCUAAGAACGGGGAACGAUUGGUCCCGAUGAGACAUCGAGAGAUGCAUGGCUGCAACAUCAACCCGGCGCUGAAGAUUGCCGUCGAUUGGGGACUGUCUUUGAUAUCGGAAAAGCUGAGAAACCGAGUUCGAUUGUACACGGACAUCAAGGACAUCCAGAUGGACAAGAGUUUACUGCCGAAGGAAUAUGGUGGAGUGAUGCCAGUAGCCGAUAUGAUCAAAUUGUGGAGAGAAGAAGUUGAAGCAUAUCGAUCUACACUAUUGAAGGACGAUGAAAUGGCAGUGCAUUUGCACAUGUACUCGGAAGCUGCCAGAAAUGGAUCAGUCAGUGCAUUGAAACAGAGUCUUAAUGGUUGCUCAGCAGCUACCGGAGACAACAGCACGUACGGAUUGGCAGGAAGUUUCCGGAAACUGGAGGUUGAUUGAUUUUUUUUUAUUAACCCUGAUACCUGGAAUGAAGCUGCAGUGGUUCUAAUUUUAAAAAAAGAUCAAAUUCUAUUGUCUGAUCUACAGCGUAUUGCUUUUAUGUAUAAAAUGUUAUAUUUUGCUCUAAGCUGGGUAUGCUCUUUUUCUGGUUAACGAAGUAAGAUUUAGUUAAGCAGGAUAAAAAAUGUAGUUUUUUAUAUCAUUCAUCAAUGAAUAAUUAAACAACAUACACUAAAACCACAA